AUGCCGGCGAAAUGUCUGUUAAUGUACCAGGUCCACGGUCCUACUCUGGAAAUGAUGAUGCAUACAAUGGACUCCGGACUAGACUGUAUCGAGAAGACUUCUUCACCCGUUAUUAGGCUGCGCUACUUAUCCAAACCACUCGUUUUUGAGCAGGGGAUGUCUGCGAUAAGUGAAACAACAGGGCCUAGUCAUGGACCUGGCGCUGGACGGCCUCGACUUGUAUUCGAUUCGAACAAUGGCCCGAUCGGGGCUGAUAAUGGCCAGAAUUUCACAUCAGUCUCUAGCAGAGCCUCCGUCUUCGGGGCCGUAUUAACGUCAGUGAAUAAAUCGGCUUGCCCUCUUGUUUCUCAUCCUCCAGUUCCAAACCCAUCAGCAGUCGAGCUCCCGUCAUCAUCAGAUCUUCAGACCGGUUCUCGGUUCUUUUAG